AUGGGAAUGGAAGGUGAAAGUAUAAAUCAAAGGGUGGUGUUGAUUCAUGAUGCUUCAGGCGGAGUUAGAACGAAUGCUGUGAGAUGGAUUAUUGAUGGAUUUUCGUUGAAGCCUGGAGAUAUGUUUACUUUUCUUUCUGUUCUUCAUGAAAUCCACCAUCCUAGUAUGUUCGAUUCCUUUCAAAUUCUCACUUCAAAACUUGUUCACUUGUUACUUUCUGAUCUUGUUUUAGUGGGGUACAAGAUCAGAGUGGACGGUUCCAUGUUUGGAGCAAACCAGAAGGCCAUCGAUAAGGAACUUGAGAGGAGGAAGAAGGAGUACAAAGACAAUCUUGAACUUGUUCAAAUAUCAAAAUUAUACGAAAUGCAUGAGGUAACCGAGGGCUUUAAUUUCAUCGUACUUCUUUUGGUUCUUUGUCGUAGGAGAAUGAAGAGAGACAAGAACCAUUUCGUACAGAAGCUUUCGUGUGGCAUAUCGACAAUGAAGCGAAACGACGACAUAAUAAAAAUACGAGGACCGAAGCUAGUACGUAAUCCAAAAACACCUCUAUCGUACGACCAAAUGUUACCCAGCGACCACAAAAAACCGACACAAAAUGACGAAGAUUUGUUCAGCAUCGAAUUUGAUUCCUCAUAUACGAGUUCCACGAGCACGAGAACUAGCAUUAGCGACGGCUAUUUAACAUUAGGAAAUAAUCAAGAAGAGAAGAUAAAACAGUUGUCGACGCUCCUGGAAGCGUUAGGGGAAGAACAAGAGAAUUCUUGGGGAGAAACUACGGAGGAGCAAGUUCAAAUGCCACCGAUACCGGAGGAGAAAGUACAACUUGAUCAGAAGAAAUGUACAACUUGUAGCAGCACAAGGCCGACGAGUGAGUGGCAGAGUAGAGAGUUUUCGUAUUCGGAGCUCGUUGACGCUACAAACAGAUUUUCGUCCAAUAACUUGAUCUACCGAGGAGAAAACGAGGCAGUUUUUCACGGGACCCUUAAAGGUACCAAACUGAAUGUGAUCGUUAAGGAACAAAAAGAUGUCAAGAAGUACAAGUCGGAGAUGCAAGCACUUGAGAAAACUCGAAACGAGAAUGUGGUGAUGUUGUUAGGCACUUGUUUGGAAAACAACCCAAGAUUGCUGGUCUUCGAGCUCGCUUGCAACGAUCAACAUCAGAGACCAUUAAUAUGGACCGAAAGGAUAAAAAUUGCGAUCGGUGCAUCGAGAGGGUUGCUCCAUUUGCACGAGAAUAACAUAAUCCACGGCGACGUACGCCCAAAGAACGUAUUAUUGACACAUGACUUGGACCCGCUGAUUGCAGGGUUUGGGCUAGCAAGGAUGAAGAACGAGCCGGAUAAUUCGUCGGACCACUUUAUAAUAGGUACAUUCGGGUAUUUGGCACCGGAGUAUACAGAAAGAGGAAACGCGACUACGGAAACUGAUGUUUACGCCUUCGGGAUCGUCCUAUUAGAGCUUCUCACGGGUCGGAGUCCUACCGACACACGACUAAAGGGACAAAGUUUCAUCGAAUGGGCUAUUCCACUGGUAAAAGAAAGAAAGUUUUGCGAGUUGAUUGAUCCUGGGAUUGACUACGACGAGGACCAGUUUAUGAGGAUGGUACAAGUGGCUGUAAAGUGUGUAUCCAGGGAUUCACAAAUAAGAUUGACCAUGGAUGAGGUGGCGUUCACACUGGAUUACAUCAAAGAUUGCCAUAAACCCCAAGACUCGGACGAAAUACAAGAGGUCAACCAGGAGGGAAGUGUUGGUCAAAGUCAACUUGAGAAAAAAGUCAACUUUGAUUUUGGUGUAACGACGCCUGUGCCCAAACAGGCGAAGCAUUUUUACCAUGCUGGACAAGUUUAA